UCUGUCGAUGCAAGGUCUGUUCAGACAACGAAAACGACUACUGCGUGUUUUUAUUUGAACGAUGAAGGUGGCAUGGCUCCCCGUAGGUCUCCGUGAAGGAUUUCGAAGUGCCUGUACGCCUCGAAUGACGCCCUCCAAUCUACCCGUCCGCAGGGCAGUUCUAAGUGCUUCAACCAAACAUUUCUCGACGUCAACUCGGCUACACGCUGGAAUUGCGGCUCCAGAAAUCAAGUUUGGUGGGCGCGGGGAGGCAGAUGGAGAAAUAGAGGAACCUCCCUUCUUCGCUCGACUUGUGCCGGACUCACCAUCUUACUUCACUGCCCAACCGAUUUUCAUCGAUGAUCUCCUGGCACUUCAAAGCCUUGUUCGCAGAUUUUCUGCUCUGCCAACCGUGAAGCCAGGAGAAGCUCCAAGAGUAGCAUGGCGGUCCCUGGUCGAGUACCGAAACAUGGUCGGAGAAUCUGUCAAGGCAUCCAAGUACCACAAGAUCAUCGAACUGCUACAACGGCUGAAUUCCAUACAUCCAUCUCUCAUGCCCCCAGAAGUCAAGGCAGCAUUGAACGAGUACAAAAAGGAUAUCAACCCAUAUCAGAACGACACAAAGGUCAUACCGAUAGACAGCCUGGGCAGGGCUUUAGGCGCUGGGAGGAGGAAAUCUUCUACGGCAAGAGCGUGGGUUGUGGAGGGGACUGGUGAGGUACUGAUCAAUGGAAAGACACUGGCGGAGGCAUUUGGAAGGAUUCAUGAUAGAGAGAGCGCCAUCUGGGCGCUGAAGGCCACGGACAGGAUGGAUAAGUACAACGUAUGGGCUCUUGUCUCUGGUGGUGGAACGACAGGUCAAGCAGAAGCUUUGACCUUGGCUGUGGGCAAGGCGUUACUGGCUCACGAGCCCGGACUGAAGCCGGCAUUGAGGAGAGGUAAGUCUUCAGAACUCAUUUGCACUAGUACACCUGCUUCUUUUUAUUACUUGGUUCAGUUCUGACAUGCCACAGCUGGUUGUGUUACUCGCGAUCCGAGAAGAGUGGAAAGGAAGAAACCAGGUCAUGUCAAAGCCAGAAAGAUGCCCGCAUGGGUCAAAAGAUAGAAACUCUCUGUUCUGUAUCAUAUUGUAUCAAGGAUAAUACCAACUCGCAAUCGGAUGUUACGACAUGCAGCUUACUAUCGCAACACAUCCUGACAGUUCUCGCAAGGGAAGAUGUCAAAUACAGCAACUGUAAGGCAUUUUCAGAUCCAUUCAGACUACUGAUGCAUACACCCAAUUUGAAGUAUUCGUUGGCCAAAAGGCGUUGAACCAUUUUGGCUCUGAGCUCGCUGGCAGCUACCUACCAAAGGUGUGGUAAAACGUGAUCACAACAUGUUAGCCAGCAUUGAUGAAUAGAAUAGCGCAAUAGCGUGUUCUUUUCGACACGAUUUGUCCCCGACCUGGCAGUUGAUGUAUCCCCAUUCCACUCGUUGGAAUUUUAUAACAAUGCAUCGAUGAAGGGCGGCCAUUUGUUGCGGCAGGUAACAGUUCUGCCUGCUUCUCACACUCCAAGGUACGGCAAAUAUGCUUCGAUAAGAAGGUUUUCACGAAGAUCAUCACUUUUCGGUAUCGAUUUCCACUUCCCUUGACUACUCGUAUGAGCAUAAUUACGCAACAUUUACUGCGAGCCUAACUUGCUGGCCAGCCUCGCCCUCUUUCUCUGCUGCCCAGACCAAUAACAGAGAACAUAUAGGUCAACAGCACACAGACAAAGCCAGCCCCAACCCCGGCUUUACUUCCGUUCGACGUGGCAGACUGCACCCAAUGAAGUGCAGAUCCAGGGCCAUGGACCCAGGAUUCCUAGCUGCUGCAUGCUGUGCUGACGCCUCAUUGCAUUGCCAAAUCAAAUCGAAUCAAUUGAUGUAGAUCGGUGCCUUCUGUCGCCUUACCCUUUUGACGUGGCACAAGAUCUUCAAGUUCUGCAUGCAAGCGCUGGAACCAUGGAACGCCCGUAUUAGUUUGUUCUUAU